AUGAAUGGGGCAAAUCAAUAUGGCUAUCAGCCUGAGUUACAUGGUCAUGAUGAGAAUGGCGUCCCCAUAUACCAUACUUUCACUCCCACUGUCAACCAGAACAAUCAGUACAUUUCGGCUUUAGGCACCCGGCGACACUACCCAGGGAACGGUCACUCUUCGCCUAGCGGUGGUACAAUAGCUUACAAUGGUGACAUACUUGUUGCCAGAGACGCUGCUAUGGACCCCGGUGCUAGGCUGUUAGGACAUCCAGGAGCUUUAACAAUGAAAGAUGGUGGUCUAGGAGGGGUUUUCUUAGGCCAUUCUACUGGCAUGGCCUCCUACAUCCCCCGGCCACAGUUAGAGCCAGAGCGUUGGCGCAUCUCUACUGAGGACCGCACACCUGGUAUGGGCAUUGAUUCUGGUGGACUGGACAUUGCAGCAAAACAUGGAUCUGGAUGGCAGGUCAGAUUAAUUUGCUUGGUUUCACAGUUAAAUCUAGAUUUUUUAUCGUCAACAUGA